CGUCGCCAUCGAGAAUCGUCCCAAGAACUUCUUUACGCCUCGAAAACGAGGAUCAUGGACCACAUAGGAAAAUCCCACUUCCUCUUGGGGGAGGAGGCGAAGACGGAAGGGGAAUCAUCCAGUUCCGGGGCAGAAAAUGUGCCGAUUAUCCAAGACUCCAGAUUAAAAUCGAAGACAACCGUCGAGGAUCCGUUUCCCGGCUUCUUGCUGGAUUUUCUGGAUCUCGCCUCCGCUGAUGACGAUGACAACAAAGAGGAUAUCCUCAACGGGGGGAAAUCGGCCGAGCAGAUAGCCAACGAGGAGGAGAUGGCCCGCGAGGACAAGGAAUUUGCUUCGCACCGUAGGUGCUGGGAAGAUCUCUGGGAACCGACCUACGGAUACUUCAAAGACAAGACGGCCGUCAGUCCCAUGCACUUUACACACUCGACACCUGGAUGCCGGCUAGAUUCUGCCGCGUGCUUUGGGCCGACAUUGCAGAUCUUCACCAUCAAACUUGCGGAAAUAAAAGGUGGCAUCAAAUGGCCAUUGUUUGUCUAUGGCUUGGUUGCGGCACGAGACGACGUAGACCACAAUCGUAACCUUCUCUUCUAUUGCAGUAGAACGGAGUCUCAAAAGCUCGAUCAAGAUGAUCCUUUUUUGCGCUUGAUUGGCCCGUCUCGUGCCAUUUUGUUUACAGAUCAUGUUAAGUUUGAAGUCCAACUACGAUUGAAAGGUACAACAGAGUCUCAAGAUAGAGCAUUGAUCAGAGCAUUCUGUGAUUACACCAGCGGGCAUUAUCCUGGUGUAUCAACCACAUCCUUCGAGAACUGCUUCUGCACAACAGAGUUAUGCCUCGAGCGAAUCGAACAAACUGUCCAGGCCACUAUCUUGAGUGUUCGUGUCAAAAAUGGUCCAUGGCCUUUUGAAUAUGGUGGCGAAGUGGCUUGCUUUGCACCAUCUUAUAAUACUGAUCCAUCGUCUAUGAAUGUUGUGCUGCUCUCUUCUCGUGGUAGACCAAUGCCCAAUGAUUUAGAUGGUUACCUCCAUCUGUCAAGAAAUGUCGUGUCAGUAGAAUUGAAGGGAAGCCUAACAUUUUUUGUACAUGCCUACUCACAUUCUGGUGAGAUCACCGCACAAGGUCAGGUUUGCUUCAUGGCCAACAAGUGCAAUAUAACUCAGCAGACAUGUUUCUUUCAUGAUCCUGAAGUGGAGGUGGAGAUAACUGUUGCCUGGUCUACUCUCGUUUCGGAUAAACGGCGUAUCGCGAGUCAAGGAUGGAUGCUUUAAUAAGUUUCUAAUGAAAGGAUAGAUGCCUGAUGUUUUUGAAUUAAUGGUACAUGUCGGGUUCUUGAAUGUUAUGAAGAUGGACCAAAAUGGGAGGCCUGACAAGCUAGCUCUUUCCAUCCUGUUUGUUGAAGCGUCUUAGUAUUAUUUUUGUAUGAAAAAAUAGCUGCUAUAUUCACCU